AUGACCGAAGACAUGAGCUCUCAAUUCAACACGUCCAAUCUGGAGACGUCGACCGUCAGUCUUCUGGAUAUUCUAUCUACCGCCAGUCCGCCAGCGUUAGAAUGCCUUUCCUGCCAUCCCAAAGCCUACUUCAUCAUUUUCGGCAUCAUUUUCUCCGUCAUCAUCUGUGUAGGCGUCAUUGGCAAUGUCUUCAUAAUAUUCGUGAUCAUCUGCGACAAGAAGCUGAUGAACUCGUCGGUAAACCAGUUCUUGCUGAAUCUGGCCUUCGCUGACCUGGGAAAUCUUAUAUUCUGCUCUCCGGACACGAUACUCGUGCUCGUGGACCGAGGAUGGCUUCUUCCGGAUUUCGCCUGCCACGUCCUGCGUUUCUUGCAGGAAUACUUCCUGUACGCCAGCGUCCUACUGCAGGUACGUUCUUUAUUGCGGAGAUCAGUCGGCUUUAACGAUCUCUGGAAAAAUAAUGCGAAAGGGAAAACUUGUGUCAUUUUGUAGAUGGCAAUUGGUGUGGAGCGUUUUCUUGCGAUCUGCUCUCCUAUGCGGAUGCAGCGUUUCUCCACCAAAACAACGGUAACAAGCCAAACUAAAACCUCUUUUAUUUCUCGAAAAUAAUUUGGAAUAAUGUCAAGUCUUGAGCAUAAGACCAAUUUAGAAGGUAAUUUGAAUUUUUUCGAAGGUGUGCGUCUUGGUGGGCGUCUGGUGCGUCGCAGCGCUUUUUGCUUCUCCUUACUUCCUAUACCAAGGGAUCGUAUUUCAUCACUUUUACUUCUGUUUCUGGAAAGGAAUUUCUUUGAGCACUAGGUAUCUUUUUUCUUGAUUUUAGCCGUAACUCAAAAGUUUUCAGAGUUUACUUCAAGUACUGUGAAUUGAUAGUUUUGUAUGCAAUCCCACUUGUCCUUCUCACUUCGCUGUAUACUGUAAUGUGCCGUGUCCUUUGGGGCAAAUCAACUACAAUUGCAAACCACAACCAGCAGGUGCAAAUCAACUCAAAAAGACUGGACCAGAUGAAACUUUCCAGGAAGCAAUUUUGAAGCUGCGUCGGUCUGUGGUUAAAAUGCUCAUUAUCUCCAUUUUGCUCUACUUUUUGUGCUAUACACCCAUUCAAGGUAAUUUUCAGUUUUUUUUUCUUCUUUUUGAAAAUCGUGGUGACUUUUGAGAAAAUUUUUUUCUGUACUAACAGACGAAACUUACAGUGUUGUUUGUCAUGGAGAAAAUGCUGGCAGUGAACGUCCAUCUUCCUCAAUGGUUGCGACUUCUGCUGAACGUCCUCUCCGUUAUGAGGUUUUUUCAACCGCUACUCGCCCUUAUGAUAUAUAAAUGGCAGAGUGUACUAUUGAUGUCAAAAAAAUAAUCUAAGUUUCCGGAAAUAUUUUUCUUUUUCAUAAGCUGCUUGAUUGUGGUCCAACAAUAAUCAGCGAAAAAAAUACUCGUUCGCUUGAAAUAUGUAUAAAUAUACAAAAAAAUUAUUGAAAAAUUUCAUUUUGGAUGAAGCAAAAUUAUUGGGUCAGACUUGAAAAAAGUUUGAACAAUAAACCGUUGGGCUUUUUUUAAGUUGUUUUAGUUUGACCUAGUUCGUGAAAAGAUCUUCAGGCAGAGUUGAAACUCCAAUAUUCAGACAUUCUAUUCCAAAAAGGAUUCUGCUUGAAACAAAAUGGAAGUUGCAGCUCGUCGACAAAUCCGAUCGUGUACAUCAUCUGCUGCCGACACUUCCGCCUGCGACUGCAUGACGCGGUGGCCGGCGUCUCUUCGCUCUGCUGCUACCUCCUGCCGACCAUCUCUCACUCCGAGUACGAGUGCGUCGAGGAGACGAUGACUACGAAGCUCUCGCGUUCGCCGUACGUCUCCUUUCGCAUCAACCGGCGACAAGCGUCGCGCAACAACCUCUCCACUCUUUUGUGA